AUGCAUGGGUGUCUGCAUGCAUGGCUGGGUGCAGGCGUGAGUCCCAAGCAGGGCUACGAGUGUGACAACUCGCUCCCGAGCCCCCCCGCCCCGCCACCCCACCCCAUCUCUCUGCACCCCCCUCUUAGCCUUCUCUUUGGUCCUGUGGCCACGGUUGGUGAGAAAAGAGGGAGUGGGUGGAGGUUUCUAUUCACCAGAAGGCUACAAGCAGCCUACCUGGCCAUCCCCACCCUGCUGAUGGCCAGAGCAUCCCUGAGAAGCGGUGGGAGGUCAGCUGACUUCAAGACAGGAAGACAGGGCGUGUCAGGCAGAGAGAACAGCACAAGCAAAGGCUGGGCAGUGGAGCCUCUCGCCAAGGCAGGCCUAGUCAUUGAGUGUCCGAGCAAGGGCCGGGACCAGCUAGGAACAGGCGCCAAGCGCCUCCCACGGCGGGAGUCCUUUCAAGGCCUCUGCGGCCCCCUGUGUCCCCACCCGGAUUUCCGAGAGUCUGACUCAGUCGAGCCGGCAUCGCUUCACCUCCUACAACACACCCGGAGCGAGCGGAGAAAUUACAGGAUUGCAGGGGCACGGCUGACCAAAAAAACCAAACCCACUGCGGUGGAGUCGAUUCCGACUCAUAGUGACCCUAUAGGACAGAGUAGAACUGCCCCAUAGGGUUCCCAAGGCUGUAAUCUGUACGGAAGCAGGCUGCCACAUCUUUCUCCCACGGAACCGGCUGGUGGGUUCAAACUGCCGAACUUUCGGUUAGCUUUACCACUGCGCCGCCAGGGCUCAUUUAGGUGCACGGCUAAUGCGCUCUAAUUACCCACUGCCGGUGUCACCCGCUGGGCCAACGCUCCGUAAUUAGGCCGCCCCUCCCCUCUCCCGGAACCCGCCGCCUGUGCCCAGGAGCACGCAUACCGACUCCGCCCGCCACUGCCACCGCCUGCCGCCCUCCGGGAUUGCCCAGCGGUUCCAGGCAAGAGCUGUAUAUAAGUCCCACCUCCCCAGGGAGGGGUGGGCGGGAAUCCGGAGUCUGAAGGUGGGGAAGCCGGCCCCUCCUAUCCCCUAAACCUGUAGUCCUCAAAGGUACCUCCACAAGAAGGAACUUGGGAGAAGGUGGGGACCCAUUUCGUUGACAGGGACACUGAAGCCUGAUGGAAACUGUCAGAGGGAGAGAUGGGUAGGGCACGCAGGGCUAAGAUGUCCCCAUUUUGCACAUGAGACAGGUAAAAGUGAAGGCUCUCAGGGAAGGCCACCCAACAAGAGCAUCCAGGAGGUGGAGGAGCCAGCCACAGGCUCCUUCCCUAAGCAAGAAAAUUACCUUCCCAAGGAGAAAGGUGAUAUCCUCCAACACAGACCUGGAACCCCUGCUAGCCGACCAGCUGUGGCCUGUGGGUCACAAGGGAGCUGGUGAGCAGUGGGGUGGCUCAAGCUCCCAGCCCAGCAAGGGUGGGUGGAGGUCCUGAAGACACAGAAGCCAGGCCCGGAGGCCAAGACUAAGGGGUGCAACCUGGUCAUCAGCUUCUUCAUCCAAACCAGGCUCAGACCUGUUUUUAGAAAUUUUUUUCUGAUUUCCAGGGUGUCACAAACUCAUGGCCUGUGGGCUGGGCUCCAUCUUAAGUGAGGUUUCAUUUGGCCUGCAGUGAGUCUAUGGGUUUUGUUUGUUUGUUUGUUUCUUACUGUGUGCUGAAUUGUUGUGGUUAGUUGCCAUUGAGUCAACUCCGACUCGUGGCGACCCGAAGUGCAAAGGAGAAUUGCUCCAUAAGGUUUUCAAGGGCCAUGACCUUUUGGAAGCAGAUUGCCAGGCCUGUCUUCCGAGGUGGCUCUGGGUGGGUUCCAACAACCAACAUUCCGGCUAGUAGUCGAAUCUCCUGUUUGCUCCCCGUGUGUGACUGUGCCCAUCCCCAAAGGCAUAUGAGUUUGGCUCUGCUUUAGAGCAGCCCACUUAGCCUGUGCCUUUGCCCUGGGAACUGUCUGCACUGUUGCUACUCCUUUGCAGUCUUUAUGUGUUUCCUGGGAGGCGUUCUUAGAGGAGUGGCCUUGAGAGCCCCUCUCCUCUAUCAUCUAUCUAUAGGCUCCCACAUGUGGGGACAGUAGAGGCUCCGCAUGUUUCUGGAUACCCCUCUGAGGCCCCCUGUUUUCAUCUUGCAUUUCAGUCUGUGUCUUGGGUAUGCACCAUAUAUUUUCCAGCAAGGAUGGCAGUUAUUUUUCUGCCAUGAGAUUAGAAGUUUCUUGAGGGCAAGAAAUCGAAUCUCUCCCUUUAGACUGGAAUCUCCUGGGGUGGGGGAGGGGAAAUUAUCCUCCAUCACAGGGAGCUCUCUGAGGGCAGGACGGUGUCUCCACCACAGACUGAGGCUCCCAGAGGGCGGGGCUGUGUCUCCCCUCAGACUGGGGCUCCCAGAGGGCAGGGCUGUGUCUCCCCACAGACUGGUGCUCCCUGAGGGCAGGGCUGUGUGUCUCCUCCACAGAUUGGGGCUCCCAAAGGACAGGGCUGUGUCUCCCCUCAGACUGGGGCUCCCACAGAGCAGGGCUGUGUGUCUCCUCAGACUGGGGCUCUCUAAGGGCAGGACUGUGUCUCAUCCACAGACUGGGGCUCCCUGAGGGCAGGGCUGUGUCUCCCCUCAGACUAGAGACUCUCCGAGGACAGGGACUGUGUUUCCUUCCUUCAGACUGGGGACUCUGAGGUCAAGGACUGUAUCACCUCCGUCAGCCCAAGAGCCUUCUGAAGGUAGGGUCUCUGUCUCCCUCAUCAGUCAGGGCUUCCUGAAAGGAGAGGAUUCUCCCCUCAGAUGGAGCCUUUGCACCUCAGCCUCUGGCUUCCCUCUGUGCCCAGGCAUUCUUCCCAGGACACCAUUUGUCACACUUUGAUGAAUGAAACUUACUAAGAAUAACUCAGUCCUUGUAGUCUCUAAAGGACAGGGGUGGGGCUGGUGAUUGCGGAAGGACUGGAGGAAGCUGGACAUAAUCCAUUCAUUCAAUAGCAUUUCGCAGGGUGCCCAGCUAGGCACUGGUUGGGGGCGCAUGGUGAAUGCCACAGAGCCCCCUUCCUAUGCCCGUCCUGCUGCCACUGAACAUAGGGGUGUCCACAAAACCCCUGAGACUGAAAUCCCAGCCCCUCCUUCACAGCCUCCCUGCACCAGAAAUCAUCACCUCAGAGCCACCCACCCCCUCCAACCCUGAACAACAGCUCCCUCUGCUUCUCCCACCCCCGUGGAGGGGGCAGGCUUUGAAGCCAGGUGCUUGGGGUGGGGACUGCUUCCAGGGGGAUGUGGGCCAGUGCUGCGUGAGGGUGCCUGAUGGAUUCCUGUCCACCAAGGUCAACAGGAGCUCCUCAGAUGGGGAGACCUGCCACGGUGACCGUGGGGACAUGUAGAAACGGUCUGAAACCGGAGGGGUCACUUGGUACUUUAGGGGAAGGGGUGUAAGUGACCCAGAGGAUGAGUCCCUGUCCCCCGGCCCUCCACUCCACUCUUGCUCCCUGCUCCUGCCUCUUCCCACUGCCAAACCCCUGAGCCUCCAGUGAAGAACCGAGCAGCCUUUCUCAAUGCCACCCUUCUCCCAGCCACUUCAGAGUGGGGUGCACAGGCAUGGGGGAGGGGACUGUGACCUUAGCCCACGCUUCUGAACAGGGCCUUCCUGCCACUCCGCCCCCAUCUGCCACCUCCUGAGAGGGACAUUUUGGUCUGGUCCUGGCAAAAAUAUCAGCCUGGGAGCCAGGUGACCUGGAACGGUACCAGUUCUGCUGCUGAUCCCACUGCGCCCUUGAAGAGCCAUGUAUUGGCCCCUCCGGGCCUCAUCUUCCCCAGGUGUUAAAUGAGGAAUUGUGUCUAGUUUUCGUGGUUUUCAAUCUUGCUUUUUUUUUUUUUUAAGUUGUGUAUCCUUUUGUUUAA